AUGACAAUAGAUAUAGAUAAUAUAGAAGACAAUGGUCAGAUGCAGGUUUCGGCCAUUGGAGCUGAUAUUAACUGUGCUGAAAUAAAGAAUUUACAAAAAUUACACUUCCCCCAAGAGGCAGCAGGCAAGAAAACAAGCUUAUUCAGGAAUUUAGGACUAUUUGUGGAUAUGGAUGGAUUAUUAAGAUGUAAAGGUCGGCUUAUGAACACAAUGUGUUCAUAUGACACCAAAUAUCCGAUACUGAUACCUAAGAACUCGGAAUUCACAGACAGACUGAUUCUGGAGACUCAUCAGAGAUACUACCAUGUGGGAGCCCCACAUACACUGAGCAUUAUUCGCCAGAAAUACUGGAUUCCUCAAGGAAGAGCGAAGGUUCAGCGAAUCAUAAGAAAAUGCCAGCAGUGUAUUAAACAUGGAGGUGGUCCCUACAAACUUCCCUCCACACCAGCACUACCAGUAGAACGUGCUAAUUAUAGUGCUCCUUUCACAUAUACUGGAAUGGACUAUUUUGGGCCAAUCCUUGUUAUGGAGAAUGGACAGAUGAUAAAAAGAUGGAUUUGUCUGUAUACUUGCCUGGCUGUACGCGCAAUUCACAUGGAAGUAGUUAAGGAUUUAACUGCGGAAGAAUGUUUACUUGCAAUGAGAAGAUUCAUAUCUACACGAGGAAGACCAGAACUCAUUGUCUCAGACAAUGCAUUACAGUUUAAAUUAACUGCAGAAUUAUUGGCGAACACAUACUUCAUGGACAAUAAAAUAAGGUGGAAGUUUAUCCCUCAGCUCAGUCCAUGGCAUGGAGGAUUUUAUGAAAGGCUGGUCGGCAUUGUAAAGAAUUGUAUGAAGAGAACCUUAGCAAAGAGAGUUCUAAAUGACUCACAGCUAAGUACAGUCAUUAAAGAAAUAGAAGCUGUGACGAAUUCACGUCCACUUACUUGUGUUGGGUCUGACAUAGAAUAUCUUUUGAGGCCGACAGACUUUCUAACCUAUGGGAAAUGUAUAGCGAUUGAGCCUUCUAUACAAAAUUCCUAUCCAGGUGGUUCAGUCACAAAAGAAAAUCUAGUAGAGGGAUGGAAGAAGGGAAGAAUUAUGCUAGAAGAAUUUAAAAGAAUGUUUCUGGGACAAUACCUUUGCAGUCUACGUGAAAGGUACCAACACUCACACAAGGAACCCCGAGUCAAAACUAAUCGUAGCCCUCAUAUUGGUGAUAUAGUCCAAAUUAAGGGAGACUCGAAAAACAGGGAGAACUGGAAGGUAGGAAAAAUCAUCAGUUUGGAACGAGGAGCCGAUGGAGAAUGCAUAGUUGCAAAGGUCAAUGUUGAAGGAAAGGAAUUUAUAAGAUCAAUAGGUCACUUAUAUCCAUUAGAGGUGGAAGAGGCUAGACUAGAAGAUUCAGGAACAGAAGAAAUAAUUCAAGUAAAUCCAGAUGUACUGGAGGCAGAGGAAUCUUCACUACAGGGAAGCACAGAGAUAUCUGAAAUAGAAUCCAGAUAUCCUGAAAGGGAAUCAACAGAACAGAUGACACUAGAAACUGCAGUGGAGGAUGAUGUUAAAUUUGAGACCAAUGGUUUAGGCAAAAUACUCACUCCCGAAGAACUGAUCCAGGAAAAUGGUAUUGGAGAGCAGGGUAAAGUGGUGUCUGAAGGUGAUGAAGACGUAGAGAGAGUAGAAACUGUGUCAGAUGUCAAUGAAGGAAGAAGUAGAAGAGCAGCGGCGGUCCGGGCGAGAGAAAAGAUUGCCCAAUGGACGAGCCAGCUGAUAGCCCUGCUAUAGAAACUCACGGCCGUUGGGGAGUGUCGCGACGAACGCGAGCCUCAACAAAAUAGCAGUAGGAGGUAGAAGAGACUUUUCCCCGAUGGAACAAUGUUCGUAGGGGGAAUCAGUUGGACAGAAUAAAAGAAAGACCUGCGGGUGUAAAUCGGUGAGUGUUAGAAAUAUAGUUUCAUCAUUAUUUAGAUGAGAGAGAUGAAGGGAUUACUAAGAACGAGAAUUAGAAUAGAAGCAGCCAAGAAUAAGUCAAAUGGUUGUGAGUGGACAGGGUCGGGCUAUAAGGGGAGUUGUGGAGGCCCGCGGCGGAGAAAGAA